UCGAAGGAAAAUAAGAUGAGGGGAGGGGGUUACUGAGAUUGGUAAGAUACAGAGCUUCAGCAAAGCAGACACCAAACUGGACGCAGUGAGUGAUGAGGACUGCGGUGCUGCGAGGUCCCAAAAUAACUGUGCAAAGGAUCGCUUUAAAGAUGAGAGCGAUCACUUUUGGACAGUAAUUUAACCUGAGGGCAACUCACAGAAACAACUUUAACGGAGUGAGCUGGCAAUACAUUGCGCGGGGCAACUACACUACCAUACAGCGGAUAGCGGUUCUGAAUCUUUAUUGUGAUGUGACAGCUGACUGCGCCAAAGUGGCGCUUUUACGCACAAUGGAGGACAUUUUACGCGAGCAGAAUAGUUGGGCACAGAAUGUUUCCUGGAGCAACUCAAGUCGUGGAAAUGAGAGCCAUUUAGGAAACACCACAGUCAAUCCUUUGAAACGAAAUGAAGAAGUGGCCAAAAUUGAAGUUACCGUCCUUGUCCUGGUGCUGCUGCUCGCUCUGACCGGUAACCUGUGCGUCCUGUGGGCUAUCCACGCCCCCAAGCACAGCCAUUCUCGGAUGUAUUACUUCAUGAAGCACUUGAGCAUCGCAGACCUUGUUGUUGCAAUCUUUCAGGUCUUACCGCAACUCAUUUGGGAUAUCACAUUUCGCUUCUACGGGCCGGAUUUGCUGUGCAGGCUGGUCAAAUACCUCCAGGUCGUGGGUAUGUUUGCAUCUACCUACAUGCUUGUCCUCAUGUCCAUCGACAGGUGCUUGGCAAUCUGCCAGCCACUUCGCUCCGUGCACAGGAGAAAGGAUCGCUUCUGUGUGAUCGCCUCUUGGAUGCUCAGCCUGAUAUUCAGCACUCCUCAAGCGUACAUAUUUUCUUUGAAGGAGGUCGGGAACGGUGUGUAUGACUGCUGGGGGGACUUUGUACAGCCAUGGGGUGCCAAAGCAUACAUCACAUGGAUGAGUCUCAGCAUUUACAUUUUCCCAGUGGCAAUUUUAAGCAUUUGCUAUGGCUUAAUAUGUUUUAAAAUAUGGCAGAAUUUCAAUUUAAAAACGAGAAGGGAGCACUUCCUGGCUCUCACUCCAAGGCCCUCCAAAGGCGCCCAUCCCCUCUCUCAAGUGAGCAGCGUGAGGCUCAUUUCAAAAGCAAAGAUCCGCACAGUGAAAAUGACAUUUGUAGUGGUCCUUGCCUACAUUGUGUGCUGGACUCCCUUCUUCUUUGUCCAGAUGUGGUCUGCAUGGGAUCCUGCUGCACCAAGAGAAGACAUGGCCUUCAUCAUUGCCAUGUUGCUGGCCAGUCUCAACAGCUGCUGUAACCCCUGGAUCUACAUGUUCUUUGCUGGUCACCUGUUCCAUGACCUGAUGCAGUGCUUCUUCUGCUGCUGUAGACAGUACCUGGCGGCCUCCUCCAGCAGCUGUGAUCGACAGUGCAGGCACACGACCAACUCUGCCACUUACGUUAUCAAAAACACCAGCGCCAGAGGAGCCUCACGCACACAUCCAGCACAGGGGGACAGGGACACUGAAAAGCCAUCUGAAAGGCACCCAGGCUUUCUGUAGUCGAGUAAUCCGGCAAUCAUGCAAGUCCCCCAUUUCAGGCAUUAUCUGCAGCGGCCAUUGCAACAUGUUUCAAAUUGAGCUAAAUAGACGUAAACCUACUGUGAGAACAAGAGCAUUGUGUCCAAAAUGUGAUAUAAAGUGAAGCUUCUACACCAGCUAAAUCUCUAUGUAUGUGUGCUGUCCCAAAACACCAAAUCAUAUAUUUAGCUUAUAUUGUAGGCUUUAGCAUUUCAAGAUUUAUCCUCUGUAAUAUAUAAUCAACCAUGAGCAUUUUCAAAGUUGAUUGUAUGCUUCUGUCCUUCAGUCUUAAAUCUUAAAGUCUUGUUCCGACAGUUGAUGUCCUGAUAAUUAUGUUAAUGUUGCACAAGGAAAUUCUUUCUACAAAGCAAGGCAAAAUUAUUAUUUGCAUUUUAUGAAAGGUAGAGGUUUGGCAGAUUACAAAAAUAUCUUUCGCUGGGCACAAAUUCAGUUAUAUAUAUAUAUAUAUAUAUAUAUAUAUAUAUAUAUACCUGGCAUAAGCAGUGACAAAGAUGGCAGUCAGGCUGUGAUAACAACAGUACUUGACUGACACUGUGAAGGUGGUGUAGCUGGCUUUCUACACCCUAUCCAGACUGUGUAUGCCAGCAGGCUCUGCAAUCAUGUCUUCAAAGUUGACGUAAAGCAUACAGAGAUUUAUUUACUGUGUUUGGUGAUAUAAACUUAAAGGGAGGGUCAGUUCACACAAAUCAACAUAUUGUCCCUCUUAUUCUCUGCAGUAUCUAGCCGUGCAUUACUGUACAUAUACCUCAAGUACAUAAUAUGAUAAUAUUCAUAUCAUAGUGACGACUGUGGAUUGAGGAGACAUUGUUUCUGGAAAAAGAUGGAAAUACUGGGUUUUAUGAAUGCAUUUUUUCAAUGCUUUGAGUGUCACUAACAAAAUACCAUUUAUGUCUAUUGUAUGAGGGUGGUGGCAGAAGUGUCAGCAGCAGAGAUCUUAAACCAUCUGCAAAUAAAAAAUUAAUCUGUCUACAUAGAAAA